GGUGGCAAGAGAAAGAAAGAAGGUGAGUGCUUGGGUUUGAGACGCCUUGUUGUGGAAGGAGCUGUCUGUGCUCUGGAUAAAAAAAGAGGAUGAAACCUAUCAAGUGAUUCUCCCACCCCCCUUUCAAGCUGGGAAUCAGAGGGAAGUCGGUUUCUGCCAUCCUUGGGAACAGAUAUGAUGGGUUGUUGCUGCAGUUCAGAGGAAGAGUGGCUUGAGAACAUCGAAAUAUGUGAAAUCUGCCACUACCCCAUUGACCCAGGCACCAAGCCAGAGAGGCUGGUUGCCAAUGGCUCCGAAGCUUGGAAUUCUCUGCUGUCUAAUGAAGCGGUUCCUCCAAGUUCCCCUCUUCAAGAUAAACUGGUGGUUGCAUUAUACGAUUACCAAUCAACUCACGACGGAGACUUGGUGCUUCGGAAAGGGGACCAGCUGCGGGUACUGGAAGAGUGUGGGGAGUGGUGGAAAGCUCAGUCUCUUACCACGGGGCAAGUGGGCUUCAUUCCAGGCAACUUUGUCGUGAGAUAUAACAGUCUGGAACAAGAACCGUGGUUUUUCAAAACCCUGAGCAGGAAGGAUGCUGAACGGCAGCUCCUGACCGCGGGUAACACACAUGGUGCUUUUCUAAUCCGGGAGAGUGAAUCCACCAAAGGAUCCUUUUCGCUCUCCGUGCGGGACUUUGACCAGAACCAAGGAGAAGUAGUGAAGCAUUACAAGAUACGCAACCUGGACAAUGGCGGCUUCUACAUUUCCCCACGCAUCACUUUUGACAGUCUGCACAAGCUCGUGGAACAUUACACACACAACACAGAUGGGUUGUGUACCCUCCUGGGCAAACCCUGCCAGACCCAGAAGCCGCAGAAGCCUUGGUGGCAGGAUGAAUGGGAGGUGCCCCGGGAGACACUGAAGCUGGUGCAAAAGCUGGGAGCCGGGCAGUUCGGAGAAGUCUGGAUGGGUUACUACAAUGGUCACACAAAAGUUGCAGUCAAGAGUCUGAAGCAAGGGAGCAUGUCCCCCGAGGCCUUCCUCGCUGAAGCCAACCUGAUGAAGAAACUGCGGCAUCCGCGGCUGGUGAGGCUGUAUGCUGUGGUAACCCAGAAGCCCAUGUACAUCAUAACAGAGUUCAUGGAAAAAGGAAACUUGGUGGAUUAUCUCAAGGACGAAGAAGGACUCCAGCUAACCAUUUAUAAUCUGUUGGAUAUGGCAGCACAGAUAGCAGAAGGGAUGGCAUUCCUCGAGAAGAAAAAUUACAUCCACCGGGACCUGCGAGCUGCCAACAUCCUGGUGUCUGAGACUCUCUGCUGCAAAAUUGCCGAUUUUGGUCUGGCCCGUCUGAUAGAAGAUGACGAGUAUACCGCUCAAGAGGGAGCAAAGUUCCCCAUUAAGUGGACAGCCCCAGAAGCCAUUAAUUAUGGGACAUUCACCAUAAAAUCGGAUGUUUGGUCAUUCGGAAUUCUGCUGACCGAGAUUAUUACCUACGGACGGAUUCCUUAUCCAGGGAUGACCAACCCAGAAGUGAUACAGAAUUUGGAGCGUGGCUACCGCAUGCCCCCACCUGACAACUGCACAGAUGAGUUGUAUCAGCUGAUGCUGCAGUGCUGGAAGGAGAGUCCGGAGCAACGACCCACCUUUGAAUACCUGAAGGGUGUGCUGGAGGACUUUUUUACUGCCACGGAGGGACAGUAUGAGCAGCAGGUGUGACUGUGAUACUGGACUUAUAGCCCUGACCAAGUCUCUCAGCACUUUGAUCUCAUCUUAAGACAUUUUGCUAUGGGGAACAAGCAGCAGCAUGGCGGGGGGCCUGAAAAUGGUCAACACAGCCAGAUGCUGUUCCAAGACCUGGAAGGCUGUCCCAUUAAGCCCCCAGUCUGCAAGGGAGGCUGUGGAUAUAUCAGGGAAAUGAUUAUUGCCUUGAUUACCUGACACAUUUCAGGGCUGAGAAACACGAUUCUGGGGCUAAGCCCUGCCAAACCCCAGCUCAGUGCAAGCCCAGCCUUCAACAUCUUAAUCAAGGCUUCAUCUGUAAAAUGCCCAAGACUGUUUGGACAAUGGGAGGAGCACCCACCCCAUAAUCCCAGAUGUAGCACUUUGUUAGAUUGUAAGCUCCUUUGGGCAGAGCCCUACCUUGUUUUUGGGUUUCGUUUUGCUUAUGUCACUCUGGAAAGCAUCAUGGACAGUGAUCACGCUAUAUAAAUAAUCCAUGACAAUAAUAACCA